UUUAGGGUGCACUAACAAAAUGUCUGCGCCCAUGAAACAACUUGUGUUUGGCUGACACAAGCACUUUUUCUUAGUUUUGGGGAACAGUAGGGAGCUAUUGCAGCAGUGACAAUAACAUUUCAUGGAUGUCAAUUGAAAAUUCAAAUCAGGCGACGUAAUAUGAGUCAAAACAUCACAUAUUCCCCCAUUGUUUGCAGGGUUUAAGAGUAACUUCUGCAAAGUUGGAAGUUGAUAUUCGGUUGAAAAAUAGUAGAAAGUGGAAAUAUGUUCUACCGUUCUCGAACGGGGACCAGGACAACCACCAAAUUCAGUUGAAAUGUCAUCCUUGAAUUCAAAUGGCAACUGUCGGAUAACAUAAUAAUUAUUUUGUGGCGGUAGUGGGGUAAUACAAUAAAUCUAAAAUGGCUUUAUUAGAAUAUGAAAACCAAAUGUUCCUGGAUUCAUUCCAUGAAGAUGGAUUGACACUUUUAGCUAAGGGCCUUGGUAUUGACAGAAUCUUUUUGAACUUCUUGAAAGUGUAUUCAGACCCAGGUAGUCUAGUUUUGGUGUUGAACACAUCCACUGCUGAAGAGGAAUACUUCAUUGAACAGUUGGAAUCUCAAGGGGUGAAACCACUACCAAAGGCUAUUACCAAUGAAUUCAGCGCUAAUGAUAGGUUAAACACAUAUGUUGAGGGUGGAGUAUUGUUUAUUACAUCUCGGAUCCUGGUUGUUGACCUGCUGACUGACAGAGUGCCCAUUGAUCAUGUGACUGGUAUCCUGGUGUACAAGGCUCACAAAAUUAUUGAGUCAUGUCAGGAGGCCUUCAUUUUACGCCUGUACAGAUCAAAGAACAAAACCGGAUUUAUCAAAGCCUUCUCUGCCAGCCCGGAGUCCUUCACCUCCGGUUUCUGUCAGGUGGAGAGGGUCAUGAAGAACCUGUUUGUCAAGAAGCUGUUCUUGUGGCCCCGGUUCCACGCCAGUGUCGUGUCAUGCAUGGAGAAACACAAGGUGGAUGUGAUUGAGCUGCAGGUGCAGAUGACGUCCACCAUGACGGCAUGUCAGACAGCGCUGCUGGACCUCAUCAAUGCCUGUGUCAACGAGCUGAAGAGAUGUACACCAGCUAUUGAUACAGAUGAAAUCACAGUGGAGAAUGCUUUAGCCAAAGCCUUUGACCGAGCUAUUCGACAACAGCUGGAUCCAAUAUGGCACCAGCUAGGGGCUAAAUCAAGACAGCUCGUCUCCGAUCUUAAAACUCUACGUCUCAUUCUCAAACACCUUACACAGUAUGACUGUGUGACAUUCUACAGUCUUGUGCAUUCAGUCAGGACAAAUGAAAAAACUUUUGGUCAAAACACUGGUUGGUUGUUUCUGGAUGCUGCUGACAGUCUGUUUGUGCAUGCUAAAGACAGAGUCUGGAAGUCUGCACCCAAAAAGAAGAAAACUGGAGAUGAAAAUGAAGACAAGACAAAGGAGGAACCAAUCCCUGUGCUGGAGGAGUGCCCCAAGUGGCAGGUGUUGAAGGAGGUGCUGCGAGAAAUUGAUGAGGAAAACAAGAAGUGUGACCCUGACCUUGGCCCAGGUCGAGUCCUUGUCUGUGCUGAGGAUGAUCGCACAUGCAGCCAGUUGAAGGAGUGCCUGUGUGAUGGAGGCAAGUCUAUGCUAGCCCGACUCUACAACAAGUUCCUAGCUGUGAAGGGCGGCCAUGUUGAAGGGGAGAAAGACAGAAAACAUUUUUCAAGGAAAGGGAAAGGUCAUGGCAAGGGUCAAAAGUCUGCUCCUGAAGCGUUGACCUUGACCCAGAUGAUUGAUGCAAACAAAGAGUUGGCUGAAGGAGACCAGCAUUCCGAUACCUCAGAUGACUCCCCCCUGACCUCCCAGGAUGCCUACUACGGGGUUCUGCCGGAGCCGAUGACCAUCCUGCACCCCCUCCACGGCUGCACUGACCCCCACGGGCUGACCCGCACCCUCCAGGAGGUCGAGCCCAGAUAUGUCGUGCUGUACGACGCCGACAUGCAGUUUGUACGACAGAUAGAGGUGUAUCGCUCCACACGUCCGGGGGCCCAGCUGAGGGUGUACUUCCUGCUGUACGGCAGCUCGGUGGAGGAGCAGAGAUACCUCACCACGCUCAGGCGGGAGAAGGAUGCCUUUGAACACCUCAUCAAACAAAAAGCUACAAUGGUGAUCCCAGAGGAGAGGGAUGGCAAACUGGAGGACGACCCAAACCUUGCACGGGGUACAACUGCAGCAAAUGAAACUGUCAGCUCUCGGAAAGGUGGCACAGUCACAGAAGUUCAGCAGAGAGUAAUUGUUGACAUGAGGGAGUUCCGAAGUGAAUUACCAUCUCUUAUUCAUAGGAAAGGAAUUGACAUUGAACCAGUUACAAUAGAGGUAGGGGAUUACAUCUUGACCCCUGACAUCUGUGUGGAGAGGAAGAGUGUGAGUGAUCUGAUUGGAUCACUCAACAAUGGCCGACUCUACAACCAGUGCGUCUCGAUGUGUAGAUUUUACAAGAGGCCAGUGCUGCUGAUUGAGUUUGAUGCCAACAAGUCCUUUGCUCUCCAAGGCAAAUAUCCAAUGUCCAAUGAUGUUUCCAUCCAAGAUGUAACAUCCAGGCUGUCCAUAUUGACCCUACACUUUCCCAAACUAAGAAUCUUGUGGUGUCAGAGUCCCUAUGCUACUGCAGAAAUGUUUGAAGAACUGAAGAAAGGGCGGCCCCAGCCUGAUGCGGCGACUGCGAUGACUGUGACGGCUGGAGAGGGAACAGUGGAAUGGACAGACAAGUACAACCACAGUCCUCAGGACUUCCUGCUGAGGAUGCCCGGAGUGAACUCCAAGAACUACCGGUACAUCAUGAACAAAGUACAGGACCUGGCCGAGCUGACCACGCUGUCGGAGGAGGAACUGUCAAGCAUUAUGGGUAAUGCCCAACAAGCCAAUCAGCUGUACACCUUCCUUCACACAGAACAGAAACAGAUGGAGGUGGUAACCACAUCAAGCAAAUCACGUUUUGAAAAUAAGAAAUCUUUCAAACGAAAAAGAUGAUAUCCCUUGCAAAGGAAUUUUGGAAAAUUUCUGAAAAGACGAUCAGCUGCAGUGUUCCUUUUCACCUAUAAGAAGUACGAUACAAGUACUUUGCAAAUCAUUGCCGGAUAUUCAAAGCAUUGUCAAGUGGAAACUUAAUAAAUGUGUAGAAAGUCCAACACAUAGUGCAUAUUGUACAGAAUUCUUUCAGGGACUCAUUACAAACAAGGUUGAGUGUUGAGCAGAUGUGUUGAGUGUAACUCAAUGUGCACACUCUGUAGCAAAAAAGUCAAUGUUGCACUGAAAUGAUGGAAGUUUCUGAAGACUCAUUCAAAGAAGAAGAGGAACAAAGAAAUGUUCAAGUUGUUGUGAGGGAUACUGGAAAGUAUUAAGGCACUGAUCGGUAGCCAUCAUCAAGGAACUAAUGACACGAAAUGCUAGAACUUUAUGCCAUGAGAUGUCAUUUUAACAUUGACAUGGGACACAAAAUUAUGUAUGUCAUAAUUUACUUUCAUGCAAGUGAAAUUUUGAAAUGAUGCA